CACGUCCCCUGUCCCCGUCCGUCUUGGCAUAGAAAGAGGAAAAGUCUUUGAAGCCAAAAGUCUGCGGCCCAGUGUACCGUCGAGUUAGCUCACCCCACCCGCGUCCUCACCAGACCGCGGUCCUUCCAGGCAAGCAGCCUUUGUUCAUUCGCUCCCUGUCUUAUCUUCCUUUUGCCUCAUGUGCUCAGUUUCUCUCUACUCCCCCGCUUCCUCCUCCAACCCAGCCUCGGGCCCGGCCUAUCAACGCUUGAGUACUCGGCACAGAGAAAGCGAAACACCCAAUGCGGGCCUGGUUAUGUAAGAAAUCCUAUGAAGGCGGAGCCUUUACCUCAGUACCCAGAAAUUACUACCGUUCUUUGUAAGCCAUGUAGAUCUUCUUGGAGAAGCUGAACCCACCACCCUGCUGGAUGAGUGCGAUCCACGGCAUACCUGCAACAGUGAUGGCGGCCAGGAUGCUGAAACUGGAUGUUAUUGUUUCAGAUGUUGAUGUUGAAGUUGACGACGUGUUGAUGUUGAUGGCAAUAUUGACGACUGACAAUGAAAAUGAUAAAGACGAUGACGAUGACGUGUUGAUGAUGUUGAUGUCGAUGUUGAUGCCCAUGUUGAUGUUGUUGAUGCUGUUAUUGAUGAUGAUGAUGAUGAUCUUCUUGGAGAAGCUGCACCCGCCACACUGCUGGAUGAGGGCGAGCCUGCAAAGGUUGGGCUACGCUCGAAUUUCACAUGCUCAUCUGAGUGAUUCUGAAUAUUCUGAUAAUUAUGCCGACAAUGAAAAAAUCACCACUGACCUCAGUGAAGUUUCUGAGGCAACACACUUCAGCUCAAGGUUUGGAUCCUACAAAGAAGGACACAAUUAUGAGUUGAAUCAUUUUCACAUGAGCACACCAAAGUACUUUAAACAAGCUAGCUAGAAGAAUGACAUACCAACAUGUUACCAAGAAGGGAUACCGCUCCCCCACCUACUAAAUCUAAUGAUGAAUUUCCUGAGGCCCAUUCAUAUUAACCUCUCAUGGAUUUCAACUGAAUAGAUCAUAUUUGCCUUGCAUAACAAAAACAUAGUAAAUUAUUUAAAAUAAGCAAAAUGUGCACAUUUGUGUAAUUAAGUUAUAGCAUCCAGCUUUUCCUGAAUUCUGGGUUGCUUUGGCACAAAGUGUACGUGUGUUUCAGUGCCAUCACUAUUUGCUUCAUGCAUCCAGUAAAGUUGGAUUUGCUUAUGAAAAUGGUCAUUCUAUCUGUAGAAGUCAGUUUCCUGUAUUCAGUUUGUUGCCAUGUCUGCCUUUGGUGUGAUGCAUCAGCUUGUCCUCUAGGGGCCAAGUAUAUAUCAGAAGUAUGGUCCUCUAAUGAAUAGUUGAGACAACUCAUCUCCGUACUGUUUAGAAGCUUCUUGCAUACUUUGGAAGCUAGAUCAUAAUACGCCUCCAUUUCCAAUGAGUGGGUGCAAGUGGGGCCAGCUCUCUUCAUAACGUCCUGCUGUAGGAUGGACAGUAUAUGUGGACUGCGUCGUCUGUUUAUGCUUGUUAAAGCAAGGAAUUGGUGCUAUGGCACGCAACUUAACCGCAAACCAUCUUCUGAAGCUCUUCCAGCUGGCAAUGGUAAUUUGGAAAUUGCUUGCCAAAUGCAACUAUUCAGCCACUGUUUAGUCCCUGUCCUAAAAUGGCCUUUUCUGUCUUAGUACAGCCAGUGUAGCAAUGGAGGUCUUCUUGUUCUAACUACAUAGUAGAUUCUAAACAUUUCCCCUGCUCUAUCCAUUUGCAGCAUUAAUGCACACUGUAUGAAAAUGCCCUAUAUCCACAGCAAUCAGUGCUUCUCAUGGUAAAUACUUAGUUAUUGUCACUGUAAGUGUCCUACAUGGGAUGGGUCUCACUCUGAAAACAUAUUCUGAAAAGCAGAGAUAGCAUGUGCAUAUCUCUUGCAGGUAUUACAUUUUGCUGCCAUUACUACAUUAAGGAACUUGUUGAAAGCCAACUGACACAAUGAAAAAUCUCAUUUGCUUGAAUAACAGACUAAAGUUGUUAUAAGAGUUCAGAGAUAAAUCCCUUACUUUUUAAAUUGCAAGCACAUUUUACCCAUUUUUGUGAGAAGAGUUACAAGCAGCAGUCCAUUGGUGUUCUUCAAUUGGUUUUGACUCUCUCCUCUAUCCCCCACCCCAAAAAUAAGUGUAGGAAGGAAAGGCACCCUCUCCAGUCAUUGAGUCCAUGGCCCAGAAUAUUUGUUUCAGCUGCAAUUUCUAAGGGACAGUAAGCUGCGUCAGCGUCUAUUAAAUUGUUUUUCAAAAAUUUUAAAUUGUUUUUUGUUUUCUAAAAUUUGUAUAUUUGUUUUUAAUUGCUGUAAACCGCCCAGAGAGCUUUGGCUAUGGGGCGGUAAAUAAAUGCUAACAAUACUACUACUAAUAUAAAUAAAUAAAUACUAGAACUCGGGGCCAUCCAAUGCAACUAAGGUUAAGGACAAAUAAAACUGCCAGGGUCAGAGGAUAUUACUUCCCACACACUGUAUCCCUAAUUAUGUUGUACCUUUGUAUGGAUUUUAAUUGUUAGUUACCUUGGGAGCCAAUUCUGACUGAAAAGCAGUGUAUAAAUACAUUUUUUCCAUGCAAUGCACAGUUAAAUUACGGGACUGAUUGUUAUA